GUCACGUGAAAGGAAACAAUUUCCAUUGUCGACACCCUACAGUUCAUGCAAUGUUUACCUGGACACAAGGAGAAGUCAUGCGCUGUUUUAUCGAAUCUCCUUGAUGACAAUUUGCGGCAGUAGGCUGCUACAGACUCGGUGAAUGAGUUCAGUAAUAGCCGGCAGAAGUAGCCGGAAGGAACAUUUAUGUAAGCUAAGCACGUUAUGCUAUCGGGCGAAAUCACAUUUCUCAUUCACUCAACUGACAGAUAAGUAUUCUCCGGCGAAGGAGCUAUGAUGACAAAAGAUAAAGUUGAAUGAAGCUUUUUCGACUCAUUGAUAUGGAAUUAUUCUGCAUUUGACCAUCAUCUUGCUUUUUUUUUGUGUGACGCUAGGAAAGAGGACUAUGGCCAGUCCACAAUCAACAUACUGCAAUACAGCUUUAAGUCCAGAUGGUGGUGCUGCAGAGACCAAAAAGGCAAAGAGCUUCAUUACGGAUGAGAAUGAGCUGAGCAAGGAAGAGCUGGAUGGCCUCAUGAAGGAAGGAGUGGACGGUCGUCCCUUCCUGGUGGUCCAUCACCUCCUUGACGUGAAGGAGGCGGGUGUACCCGUGUUACUCCCUGGGACCCCGGUGAUCUGCAGAGUGGACAGCACCGAGAGAUACACCACACGCUCCAAGGUCCGUGUCUGCACACUGUACACUGUGAAGCUGACGCAUGGCAAGUUCACUUGGACGGUCAAGAGGAAGUACAAACAUUUCCAGGAGCUGCAUCGCGACCUCUACAAACACAAGAUGAUGGCCCACUUCCUGCCUCUGGGAAGAUUUGCGGCCCAGAGAGCCCAGCUGAGGGCCAUGACAGAGGAGAUGCCAAGUCUGCAUGGGAAUGAGAGGAUGAGGCGAACCUCCAGCAAACCGAAAUAUCUUGAGGAAUAUCUGAACGACCUUCUGGAGAAUUCCUUUUGUAAGAACUACCAUGGCAUGCUGGAAUUCCUUGAUGUCAGUGCUCUCUCCUUUGUCAGUGAGCUUGGACCAAAAGGCCUAGAGGGUUCCAUCUUCAAAAGGUCAGGAGGUCACCGUAUCCAGGGUCUGAAUUGUAUUGGUCAUCACCAGUUUUGCUUUCGCUGGUCAAAGCGCUGGCUGGUGGUCAAGGACUCCUUCCUGCUCUAUAUGAACCGGGAGAGCGGCGUCAUCAGUUUCGUACUGAUCUUUGACCCGGAAUUCAAAGUUCAAGUUGGCCGCGCUUACACUGACACCAAGUAUGGAGUCUGCAUCCAGAACUUCACCAGGACUUUAGUCAUCAAAUGUAACAGCUACAGACAGGCUCACUGGUGGAGGCAUGAAAUCAACAGGCUGGCUGAGCGAUGUGAAUUCCUCCAAGUCCAGCGCUUUAUGGGCUUUGCCCCUCCACGGGACAACACACUAACUAAAUGGUAUGUAAAUGGAAGUGGCUACUUUUCAGACCUGGCUGAUGCCCUGGAGCAGGCCAAGGAGGAGAUCUUCAUCACAGACUGGUGGCUCAGCCCAGAGGUUUUCCUGAAGAGACCAGCUACAGACACAUACUGGCGCCUGGACCAGAUCCUCAAACGCAAAGCAGAACAAGGUGUGAAGGUGUGUGUGCUCCUGUAUAAGGAGGUGGAGAUGGCGCUGGGCAUAAACAGUAACCACAGCAAGAGGACACUAAUGGACAUGCACCCUAACAUCAAGGUGAUGCGACACCCAAACCACAUGUCCUCUGUGGUGUUUCUGUGGGCCCAUCAUGAGAAGAUGGUGGCCAUCGACCAAUCCGUAGCCUUCGUAGGAGGCUUGGACCUUGCCUUUGGGCGGUGGGAUGACAGCCAUUACCGGUUGACUGAUAUAGUUCUGACAGAAACUACCAAUCACAUUUCUGGAGAAGAAACAAAGGCUCCAAUGGCUGAGCCAGAAGCAGCUGAUUCAGGUAACCAGGGAGAUGGUUCAGACUCAGACCAGGAUCCAAAGCCUUCAGAGCCAGAGAAGGUCAAAGUGGACAGCCUUGUGGACCUGAAGAACAACACCCAGUUGUGGAUUGGCAAGGACUACAGCAACUUCAUCAGGAAGGACUGGGUCCAGCUUGACCGCCCAUUUGAAGACAACAUUGACCGCACCAAGGUUCCCCGUAUGCCUUGGCGUGACCUGUCUGCUGCCGUCCAUGGCAAGGCUGCCAGGGACGUGGCCCGCCACUUCAUCCAGCGCUGGAACUUUGCCAAGAUUUUUAAGUACAAAAACAUCCAAGGCAAGUUCUUCCCCUGCCUUCUGCCUAAGUCUCAUACAACUGCUGACAACCUGACAUUCACUGUACCUGGCUCUGGGAAGGCCUCAGUGCAGGUGUUGCGUUCUGUGGAUCGCUGGUCAUCCGGAACUUGUGAGAGUUCUAUCCACAAAGCCUACAUCCAUACGAUUGAGAACAGCGAACACUACAUCUACAUUGAGAACCAGUUCUUCAUCAGCUGUGCCGACGAGAAGAACGUUCACAACGGCAUCGGUGACGCAAUCGUGAAGAGGAUCCUACGUGCACACAGAGAACAGAAGAAGUACAGAGUUUUUGUGGUGGUGCCCCUGCUGCCUGGCUUUGAAGGAGAUAUCCGUGAGGGGGGUGGGAAUGCAAUCCAAGCAAUACUCCACUUUACUUACAGGACCAUUUGCAGAGGAGAGUACUCGAUAUUGAUGAGACUGAGAGAACUUGAAGACAAGUGGAGUGAGUACAUCAGCCUGUGUGGCCUACGCAAGCACUCCCAGCUCUCCCAGUCCCUGGUUACAGAGCUCAUCUAUGUACACAGCAAGACCCUCAUAGCAGAUGACCGCCGCUACAUCAUUGGUUCGGCCAACAUCAAUGACCGCAGUAUGCUGGGCAGCAGGGACAGUGAGCUGGCUGUUCUGGUGGAGGAUGAGGAGAGGGUCUCAUCCGUGAUGGGGGGAGAGGAGUACCAAGCUGGACCUCUCACCCUAGCCCUGCGCAAAGAGUGCUUCAGGGUGCUAUUAGGGGCCGAUUCUGACCACCAGAUUGACAUGAGUGACCCCAUCAGUGACCAGUUCUUCUUUUUGGAGUGGAAUGAAGCAGCAAAACUCAAUGCUAAGAUUUAUGAAAAGGUGUUCCGCUGCCUCCCCUGCAACUCUGUUCGCAGCAUGAGGGAGCUAAAGGGGUAUUCCGGCAUGGAGCGCCUGUGUGACACAGACCCCAUGCAGGCUAAAGAAGAGCUAAAGCAUAUCAGGGGGUUACUGGUCCACUUCCCCCUGAACUUCCUGGCAGAGGAAAAUCUACUCCCCCCACGAGGCAGCAAGGAGGGAAUGGCUCCCACAGAACUCUGGACAUAAGAGACCAGGCUACCAGCCACAAAGACCAAGGGCUAAGGUACAGGUCAUUGGACAUAGCAAGAACAGGAUUCCACUGGACGAGAGGCAGGGGGAGGAAUGGAGAUCAGAAGUCAAGUCUCAGAUGAUUGAGGAACACUGCAUACAUUUUUUGUUGCAAGGAUGUUGGUGGAUAGCUCUUCUCUCUCUACCUCACUUGCUCAGCCUUACACAUUUUUGCUUUUCUCUCUCUGCCUCUCGUUUCCACUCUCAGUGUAGUGCCAGCUUUUCUGUCAGAACAUUUGUGGUUGUUAUGGUGACGGUUACAAAGAGCUGACUAGAUUGUGGCCGAAAGUGGAAAGGAGAGAUGAGUGAUGGGCUGAAUCAGACAGCGGUAUAUGAAAAGAUUGAAGUGGAUAUGGAAGACAACAGGUGAACUAGCAAAAUUCUGUGGAAGGAAGGUCUUUGGAUUUGCGAUAUAGCCAUUAACAAAAGAGGAAGGCUUUGGACCUGGAGGAAUAGAGGGGAAUGUUAAAAAUAUAUUCGGGGAGUGCUCCUGGCAUUCUUAAAUUGUUGCAUCUUUUUGCUGUUACUAUGGCAACCAAGUGAAUUAUUGUUACGUAACCUACCCUGUUGUCAGGCAUCUAGAACAUUCCACUUCAUUUUGGGAAAGGGGAGGAAGGAUUUUUUUGUUGUUGUAAACUGCACUGUUGUUGUAAAACGCACUGAUCAAGAAUAGAAGUGUUCCCUUUUUACCACAGUUUUGAUAUAGUGCAUGUAUCAAAUGUAUGCUUCCAUUGAUGGUCUCAACUGAAUGCUGAAUUCCAGCAUAUUGCCACUAUUAUAGCACCUCUACCAAUUUAUUUAUAACAGAACUAUUCAAGUUUAUUUAGUUAUACUAGUUCUACAAUCUCCACUACUACUACUUAGUCUACUGCUAUACCUACUAGUGUUACUCUUUGGACAUUCCACAAAUUCGGUGCCGGCCUUUGUGAAGUAAUAUCUUGUCAUUAUAGAGCCUAUGUCCAACUUCAUAAACACAUGUUUUUAAUCCCAAUAUUUUAAAUAAAAAUUAUCUAAAGUGUCUAUUAAAUCUGGGAUCUUAAAUUUUUGACAGAACACUGGGAUGAGUCAGGACAAAAAUUUAACUGCUCUCAAAUGUAUAGACAGAGCUAUGAAAAACCAGGCAAUAUUGUAGUUUUGAACCUAUACAGUGUUUGUUUACUUUGACAUUGUUUCCAAAGAAGUAAACAAUUUGGGUUUCUGAUAGGGUACGAAAGAACUCAGGCAUUUUUUACUAUUUAUAUAAUUCAAUUACAAGUCCAAAAAGUAUUGUAACAACUAAAGAUCCCAGUUUUCCGUUCCAAAUAAAGUAACAAAGUUGUCCUUUGAAGAGCUUAGAAUAUCAUCAUAAAAAUCUGAUUAUGUGCAGAGAGGCAAGCUUCACAAAAAAGGUGUUCACAGAUGUCCGACCUGGCUACAUUUGGGGGAAAAAGGAUGAUGUGUUAUGCUUGAACCGCUUAGACCUAAACCACAAAAAGCCAGCAACUGGUCAAAAAUAGUAUAUCCAGCUCUGCUUUUGGUAGUUACAUUUAGAAUUUUUCAACUUUAACAAGUCUUUAUAUAACAAUCAGCUUCAGCAAAUUAUUAAUAAUGCAGUCUAUAUUAAUACAACAGACUUUUUUUUUUUAUUCAUCGUUUUUAAAAUAACAUGGCUAAGCAAAUGGCAUGCAUAUGUUACUAAUUAUUAUUGUGUUUUUAUAUUUUACCAUUGGUUUCAUAUUUUCAUUUCAUUGCUUUUUACUACUACCCUUUAUAUAACAUAAAUAUUUUCUACUUAUUUAUAAUCAUUAUAGGCCUAUGUUUUUAAACACUUUACUAUUCCUUAUGUAUCUCAAUAAUGAUGAUAAUAACU